CUUCCUUGUAAUUGUGCUUAUGUGUGCUUAUGUUUCUGUCCUCCCACUCACACCUCACCUUUCGUUGACGGCCCAUUUCUUUUUCUCAUUCCAUUCCUUCAAUUACAUCAUUCCAUCCUUUCUUUUCUUAUUUAUUUAUUUUUCUCUCUCCCUUUUGCCCCGUAUAUUUCCUGUACUAUGGUUACUGCUGCAAUGCAAAGCUGGUACGAGGUGGUGCGACUUGUUGACCCUCUUCUUUGGAAUCUUGCCAUGGAUACAGAGACAGGCAGUACUACGUUCGAUAGCUCCCUUUCACCGUUGCAUCACAUUCAACAACAGCAUCAGCAAUCGCGUCUUAUCCCGACUGUUGCUUCUCCUUUCCCUUCAUCAUCAUAUCCCUCAAUUAUCGUUACAACACCUGGUUCUUCUACCAUUGCAUUACUUUCCAAACAAACAUCCUGCUAUUCAGCACAUUCACUUCAUACCAAGAAUAAGUGUUGUUGCAGAUCGCUUCUUGAUAUUCAACCGCAAGAAACAGUUGACUGGCUCAAGUGUUUCAUCCAUAUAUCAUCCAUGAGCUCUCCUACGAUUUCUCCUUCCUUUGUUAUUACACAGGAGGAUGACAAACUAAUAAAUCACGAUCAUCAGCAGCCAAAUCCAAAAGAUUUUCCCAUAACAUUGGGAGUAUCCAAAGACUUUAAGUAUGCAAGUGGAGUUAUUUUUAAAAGGACAAGAUGCAGUCAGGGUGCAGAAGAGAUUGAGGGCCCUACCAAUAUAUUCACAACCAGGCCACACUACGGAUAUCUAUCGGGAAGGAGUAUGUCUUUCAAAAGCAUAGUAUCAACAGCAUCAAUGUCAGAUUCAUACUAUAUAUCGAGGAAUGAGAACCAUGCAGAAGAUGGAAGAAUGACCUCCUUCACGACUUCGGGAUCAAACUCCUCAAAUUCACCCACAAACCCUGCCAAUGUUGGUUUGGUGACUGCUCCGGCAAGUGUCGCACACAGCGAGGUUAAAACAGGACUCACGAAUCCAUUGGUCGGGGAACAACAGACUUUAACUAAUUCAGUAGGUGGCACAGAUGCUUCCGCUGCACCCUCUACAAGGAUCUCGGCAACCUCAAAAAGUACCCAUGUUUCUGAAUGUACCGGUGCUACUGCCAAUAUUAAUACCAACACUAACGCUAAAAUCAACGUCACUAGUACCCAGAGCAAUACUAAUGCCGAUACAAACCACAAUAUCCAUCAUGUUCAAACCGACCAUAAUAAAACAUCUAACCAUAACAACGAUGGCACUGUAUCAUCAUCCAACAUCACCAAAACCUGUUUCCCUAUCUCUACCCCUACUACCACUGCCACUGAUACUGUUGCUACGACAUCCAUUUUUGCUGCUCUCAUCUCACUUUCUCCAGCCGUCUUCAACUCUGCCACCACUGUAGUUCAAGAGCGUCUGAUCCAUUCCAUGAACGCGACAACAGCGUUUUUGUAUAGGACCUUCUCGCCUACCUAUCGCGUAUCAAAAAUGUAUGUAGAUUCUUGGACAAAUGGCUCGCAAAGACGUGGGUUAGAGCGGAUCAAGAACAGUGUCGUUCGUGGUGAUGCAUUCACGUUAGUAAGGGGUGCUACAACACAUAUGCAGAGUGUAUGGAAUCAAGUCAUGGCGGCAUAUCGUAUCAAGAAUGCUUCUUCAUCUGCAGCAGCUCGUAGUAAUCACCGUCGCCAUUUAAACAAGAUAACUCAUGUUAAGAGCAAUGAUGUUAAAACUGAUACGAACGCUAGUAAUAAUGACCGCAGGCACAGCAAUGGUAACAACAGCAGCGAUACCAAUGGUAAUAGUAAUAGUAGUGGUAGUAGUAGUAGUAGUAGUAGUAGUAGUAGCAGUAGAAGCCAUGAUCGUGGAAGCAAAAGCAAGACUCGGCCAUAAAUAUUACUCAAUCGGUCUACAUUAAAGUGAAUUAAAGCCAGC